GCCCGCCGCCCCGGCCGCGUCGGGUAAACCUGUUCUGCGAGGCAGCCGCGCCGGGGCGGAUUGAGCGGCCGGUUGCUCCUGGCGGCUCGCGGCGUCGGGGCCCGUGGAGCGCGCGGCCGGUCUUCGGCCGCAGCCCUCGGCACCACCACCAUGUACUCGGGAGCUGGCCCCGUUCUUGCUUCUCCUGCUCCGUCGACAUCACCCAUCCCAGGAUAUGCCUUCAAGCCUCCACCUCGGCCGGACUUCGGCACCUCUGGGAGAACAAUCAAACUACAGGCCAACUUCUUUGAAAUGGACAUCCCCAAAAUUGACAUCUAUCACUACGAAUUGGACAUCAAACCAGAGAAAUGCCCACGGAGAGUGAACAGGGAAAUAGUGGAGCACAUGGUCCAGCACUUUAAGACCCAGAUCUUCGGGGACCGGAAGCCAGUGUUUGAUGGAAGGAAGAAUCUGUACACUGCCAUGCCCCUUCCAAUCGGCAGGGACAAGGUGGAACUGGAGGUCACGCUGCCAGGAGAAGGCAAAGAUCGUAUCUUCAAGGUGUCCAUCAAGUGGGUGUCGUGCGUGAGCUUGCAGGCGUUACACGAUGCACUUUCGGGGCGGCUGCCCAGCGUCCCUUUUGAGACGAUCCAGGCCCUGGACGUUGUCAUGAGGCACUUGCCAUCCAUGAGGUACACCCCAGUUGGCCGUUCCUUCUUCACUGCAUCUGAAGGCUGUUCUAACCCCCUGGGUGGGGGCCGAGAAGUGUGGUUUGGCUUCCACCAGUCCGUCCGACCUUCUCUUUGGAAAAUGAUGCUGAACAUUGAUGUAUCAGCGACAGCAUUUUACAAGGCACAGCCAGUGAUCGAGUUUGUUUGUGAAGUUUUGGAUUUUAAAAGUAUUGAAGAACAACAAAAACCUCUGACAGAUUCCCAAAGGGUGAAGUUUACCAAAGAAAUUAAAGGUCUAAAGGUGGAGAUAACGCACUGUGGUCAGAUGAAGAGGAAGUACCGUGUCUGCAAUGUGACCCGUCGGCCGGCCAGUCACCAAACGUUCCCGCUGCAGCAGGAGAGUGGGCAGACAGUGGAAUGCACAGUAGCCCAGUACUUCAAGGACAGGCACAAGCUGGUUCUGCGCUACCCCCACCUCCCGUGUUUACAAGUUGGACAAGAGCAGAAACACACCUACCUUCCCUUGGAGGUCUGUAACAUAGUAGCUGGACAGAGAUGUAUUAAAAAGCUAACAGACAAUCAGACCUCAACCAUGAUCAGAGCAACAGCCAGGUCGGCCCCAGAUCGUCAAGAGGAGAUCAGCAAAUUGAUGCGAAGUGCAAGUUUCAAUACGGACCCAUAUGUUCGUGAGUUUGGAAUCAUGGUCAAAGACGAGAUGACAGAUGUGACAGGGCGGGUUCUGCAGCCACCCUCCAUCCUCUAUGGGGGCAGGAACAAGGCAAUUGCCACCCCUGUCCAGGGUGUGUGGGACAUGAGAAACAAGCAGUUUCACACAGGCAUCGAGAUAAAGGUGUGGGCCAUCGCCUGCUUCGCACCCCAGCGCCAGUGCACGGAAGUUCAUCUGAAGUCCUUCACAGAGCAACUGAGGAAGAUCUCAAGAGACGCCGGGAUGCCUAUCCAGGGUCAGCCCUGCUUCUGUAAAUACGCACAGGGGGCAGACAGUGUGGAGCCCAUGUUCCGACACCUGAAGAACACCUAUGCUGGUCUGCAGCUGGUGGUGGUCAUCCUGCCUGGCAAAACUCCUGUAUAUGCCGAAGUCAAGCGUGUGGGAGACACAGUGCUGGGGAUGGCCACACAGUGCGUGCAGAUGAAGAACGUGCAGAGGACCACGCCACAGACCCUGUCCAAUCUCUGCUUAAAAAUCAAUGUCAAACUGGGAGGCGUCAACAACAUCCUGCUGCCCCAGGGCAGGCCUCCAGUGUUCCAGCAACCUGUCAUCUUCCUGGGAGCCGAUGUCACCCACCCCCCAGCUGGGGAUGGGAAGAAGCCUUCGAUUGCUGCAGUCGUGGGCAGCAUGGACGCACACCCCAACCGCUACUGCGCCACCGUGCGUGUCCAGCAGCACCGACAGGAGAUCAUCCAGGACCUGGCUGCCAUGGUCCGGGAGCUGCUCAUCCAGUUCUACAAGUCGACCCGCUUCAAGCCCACCCGCAUCAUCUUCUACAGAGAUGGCGUCUCUGAGGGCCAGUUCCAGCAGGUCCUCCAUCAUGAGCUGCUGGCCAUCCGAGAGGCCUGCAUCAAGCUGGAGAAGGACUAUCAGCCGGGGAUCACGUUCAUCGUGGUGCAGAAGCGCCACCACACACGCCUCUUCUGCACAGACAAGAAUGAGCGGGUUGGGAAGAGUGGGAACAUUCCAGCAGGCACAACUGUAGACACCAAAAUCACCCAUCCAACUGAGUUUGACUUCUACCUGUGCAGCCAUGCCGGCAUCCAGGGGACAAGCCGUCCUUCUCACUACCACGUGCUCUGGGAUGACAAUCGAUUCUCUUCGGACGAGCUGCAGAUCCUGACAUACCAGCUGUGUCACACCUACGUGCGCUGCACGCGCUCCGUGUCCAUACCUGCGCCAGCAUACUACGCUCACCUGGUGGCCUUCCGCGCCAGGUACCACCUGGUGGAUAAAGAACAUGACAGCGCUGAAGGAAGCCAUACCUCUGGGCAGAGCAAUGGGCGAGAUCACCAAGCGCUGGCCAAAGCGGUCCAGGUCCACCAGGACACACUGCGUACCAUGUACUUUGCUUGACAUGUUGUAGUGUUUAGCGAUUGUGUACCAAGUUGGAUUCACACGAGACCAGCUACACUCAGACCAACAGAUGCCCAGCCCCUUCGUGACAGCCAGCAUCGAACAUGAGACGUCUUUGGUUUUAUUAGAUCCUCCAUUUUCCAGAAUGCCUUCCGUCCCAGAUUUCAAACAUGGAUUUUGAGCUGCAGGCCUGUAUUGAGACCCCAUUGUAGGAAACAUGGUUGCCAAAACCCAUAAGCUGCUCACUGAAAGAGUCCCAUGUUUCCUAAAAACAAAAUAACAACAACAAAAUGUCCUAAAACCAGUCUGUGAACUCUCAGGGCUUUAAAACAUUAAUUUAUUCGGUCAUUCGAUUACUCGUUUUAAACACCUGAUUCUCAAUGAAAUCGAUGGGCUCCACCUAGCUGUGAAGGCUCUGAGCGUGACAGCCACGCCAUCACCAUUGGGGUUUUAAAGCCUGGCCCUAAGAAGUUGUCACUAAUGUUCAGUUCUAAGGGACGCCAUGUGCCCUGCAGCCCCAGGGCAGAUGGCUGCUAGGUGUCCAUGGUGUCUCUUGCCUGCCACUGCCUGCCCUCGAGGCCUGAACGAAGGCAUAGUGGCAGCGGACCGUCACGUGUGUCUACAGCAGUGACAGGUCCGAGAGAUUGGCAGACAAGUGCCAUUUUGAUAAAAAUUUAUUUAAAAAGAGAAAAAAAGACAAUAUACUGACAGUCUAAUCAUAAGAUUUGUCCUGUGGGACUGUGACAUUUAUUUUCCAAAGUUUCUAAAGAAUACGGGUCUGUGGUGAUAAAUACAGUACAAUCUUUUUUCACUGUUAUGUCUUUAAUGUAAGAGAAGAAUAUAUAUAUCUGGUUUGCAGUA